GCUUUAAUGAAAACUUGAGAUAUCCCUGUGGAGACACUCGCCAGAUUCGAGAAGGACGUGAAACGAACCAACACCGGGUUCCUGGCGUUAGCAACAGACGUGGAAAAGGACGAGGAGAAGACCUCGGAACCUCCAAUAGAAAUCAAGGAAAUACUGAAGGAGUUCCAAGACAUUCUUCCUGACGACCUCCCGAACGAGCUACCGCCAUACCGAACGCACCAACACGAGAUCGUGGAGGAACCAGGUUCGAAACCGACCUUCCGAGCACCAUAUCGGCUCAGCCCUACAGAGCUAGCCGACGUGAAAAAGCAGAUCAGGUAUCUCCUCGCCAAAGAACUUAUCCGACCAUCCACUUCGCCAUACGGUGCCCCAGUACUCUUCACGCCGAAACCGGACGGGAGCCUGCGCAUGUGCAUCGAUUACCGAGCUCUCAACAAGCAGACCAUAAAAAACAAAUACCCGAUUCCACGAAUCGAUGACCUGCUUGACCAGCUUCGGGAAGCCAUGGUCUUUUCAAAACUAGAUCUGCGGUCUGGAUACUGGCAGAUACGAAUAGCGGACGAUUUUGUUCACAAAACUGCCUUCCGAACUCGGUACGGAUCGUACGAGUAUCUGGUAAUGCCGUUCGGACUCACCAACGCACCUGCAACGUUCCAAGCUGAGAUGAAUCAUAUCCUACGCCCACUCUUGGACGAAUGCGUGGUGAAAUUCGUCACCUCGUGCACUACAUGCCAGCGGAUGAAGAGCAGCAAGCAGAAAAAGGCGGAUCUGCUACAGCCUCUUCCUGUCCCAGAACAACCAUGGCAAGUGGUCAGCCUAGACUUCAUCACCGGGCUACCAACUACCACAAGCGGUCAUGACGCGAUCCUCGUCGUCAUUGACAAGUUCUCCAAAAUGGGACACUUCAUCCCGACACAUACCACUGCACGCACCGAGGAGACGGCACAACUCUUUGUUCUCUACAUCAUCUCACAACAUGGCAUUCCGACCACACUCAUCUCCAACCGAUACCCUAAGUUCACCAGUAAAUUCUGGAAAGAACUGAUGUCUCUACUCGGGACCAAACUCGCCAUGUCAUCCGCCUACCAUCCGCAGACAGAUGGACAGACCGAGCGCCUCAACCAAAUUGUGGAGCAACUCCUCCGCGCAGCCUUCAAGGAUGACAUCUCCAAAUGGGACUUUCAUCUGCCCAUCCUGGAGUUCUUCCUCUGUUAUGGACGCCACCCACUCACACCUCAACAGCCAAACAUACCAGCCACAAUUCACAACGCCUUCCAUGUCCAACUCUUGAAGCCCUACCAAGAUCCUAACACGGUCUUCUCAGGACGCCAACCGCCGCCGCCGCCGCCCGUCCUCGUCCAUGAUGAACCCGAGUACAAGGUCGAGUCCGUACUUGCUCACCGCCGUCGACGGAAUGGCCACGUGGAGCUUCUCAUCCGUUGGAAGGGUUAUGAUCCUUCAGAGGAUAGCUGGGUCUCUAAAUCCGAGAUGGAUCACGCUUGUCGUCCUCUCCGCGACUACCUUGUCAAGCAGGGU